UUAUAUGCUACACUAGAUAAUGAUUAUUUAAAAUUUAUUGCUCGUCAUAAAGUUAUUUACAAUUUUAUUUGACAAGUAAGAAUAAUGAUUAUGUUAGUGAGUGAGUGUUUGUGGCUAUCAAAAUACAUGGAUUUAAAUUUCAUUAAUACUUAAUUAGUACUACUAUUACAAAACAAAAAUAUGGAGUUUACAAGACCAGUAAUAAAUGCUUAUGAAUCUUCAGAUAUGAUAAUGUACGGCAAUUAUGCAGAUGAAGAAUACUCAGAAGUAAUUGAUACUAGUCUAUAUUCAGAUCAAUUAGAUGUACCAAGGUCUGAGUAUGAAGAAACUCAAACAAUAUUGACAGAUACUUGCAGUCAGUAUGGAAUUACAGCUACGUGUUUUGAUGCAUUUGAGAAUUUACUUUGGGUUGGAAAUCAGCUGGGUUAUGUUUCUUCAUAUUAUAGUGCAGAUAUGCAAAAGUAUACAAUGUUUCGAGCUCAUUCAAACGAGGAGAUUCGUUCACUAUUGACUACUGAUUCUACGUUGUUAGUCCUUACACCUACUACACUACGAUGCCAGAUGCGUAGAGGCUUACCAAUUUUUACUCACAGUACAGAGUAUUUAAAUGAAAUGCAGUGUAUAAUUCAGUUGGGGCGUUCUCAAGACACUAUAUUAAUGGGUGGUCAUCAAGAAAAACUGAUUGAGUUUAACCUGAAUUUAUGUAAAGAAACAAGCAUUAUAAAUGCUGGAGAAAAUGGCUGUGCUAUAUUAAGACAGAAUGCCAAUAGAACUGUAUGUUGUGGAGAUCCUACUGGAGUAAUAAAGCUUCGAGAUCCAAGAAAUAUUUCAAAAAUUAUUUAUACUGUAGAAGCACAUACAGGCAGUUUAUCCGAUUUUGAUGUUCACGAUAAUUUGUUGGUUAGCUGUGGAUUUAACAAUACACAUGGAUCCAUGGAGCUAGAUCAAUUUUUAGUUGUACAUGAUUUAAGAAUGAUGAGAUCUGUUUCGUCUAUUCCAAUGAUUAUUGAACCAUUUUUAUUGAGAUUCAUGACUUCAUAUUCAUCACGCAUUGCAGUUGUAUCUACAAUAGGGCAAUGCCAACUUGUGGAUACUGUUGCUUUGUCUGAGCAAGAUAUGAAUCUCUACCAGAUGAGGGGUGCUGAAGAAGGAGCAAUGGCCCUUUCUAUGGAUGUAUCUCCUUCAAGUCAAGCAAUUGUAAUUGGAGAUAAUGUGAGCACAUUACAUUUAUUUACCACAGCAUCUUCUCAGUUUAAUACUUUAGCAAGAGAUACAAUAUUUGCACAACCAAUGGAACCACUUCCUUGUGGUCCUAUCAAUGUCACAGAUGAAUUAGCUGAUUAUUCUAGUAUUCCAUUACCUCAUUGUGAUGGACCUUUAGCAUCAGAAUUACCCGAGAAAUUUCUUACUAAAAUUUACAGGAAAACACCAUCAAUAGAUACGAAUAUUUUAUCUACAAUGAAAAUGAAAGGAACUGUUGGUUAUGCUCCGAACCCAAAUAAUCGGAAACGAAAUCAAGUUGCAUAUUUCAAUACUGUUGUUGAAUCACAAAAUAAUAUUAAUUACAAUCAAUCAAAUGAUGAAGAAUGUGAAUCCCCUACAUUUGUAGCAAUACCUAGAAGAUAUAGAAAAAUUGAUUUGAAAUUUAAAAGUGAAGAUUUUGACUAUGAACAAUAUAAUAAAACUGGAUUUAGUGGUUUAGAAUCAAAUAUUCCAAACUCUUACUGCAAUCCAAUGCUUCAGGUUUUAUAUUUUUUGGAACCUUUGCGGAAAAUUUUAAUGUCACAUAUAUGUCAAGAAGAAUUUUGUUUAAGCUGUGAAUUAUCAUUUUUAUUUUAUAUGAUGAAUAAAUCUAAAGGGGUACCAUGUCAUUCUGGAAACUUUUUAAGAGCUCUUCGUAAUGCUCACGAUGCUACAGCUUUAGGACUUAUACUACCUGAACACAAUAAUGCUGAAAUGAAAAAUAAAAUCAAUAUCAGCAUUUUAAUUCAAAACUGGAAUCGAUUUAUUUUGCAUCAAAUUCAUUUGGAACUUUUAAGAUCAAAAAAAGAUUUAACUGAUGAACAAAAAAAAUUUAUUUUCAAAGAUACAGAUUUUCCAAGUAUUGGAGGUCAACAAGUUCGAAAAAAAAUUAAAAAUAAAGAAGAAGAUAAUAAUGAGACUGAAAUAACUAGAUUAUUUGGUUGUAAACAACUUCAUGUUAAUAAAUGUUUAAAAUGUAAUCAUGAGUUUAGCAAGCAAUCUAAUUUAAUGGUCUGCAAUUUGGUUUAUCCAGAAUCCAAUGAUGAAACAUCUAAAUCAUUUUGUGAUUUACUUCAACAAAGCAUUUGUCCAAAACAAACUACUACAACUUGGUGUGAACGAUGUGAAAGUUUCCAGCAGACAUUGCAGAAUAGAACAUUAAAAUCAUUACCUGCUAUAUUAACUGUAAAUUGUGCUAUUGAAAGCAAACAAAACAAAGAUUUUUGGCAACAACAAAUGGACAUUUUGAUAAAACACGCUGUCACAAAAUCUAGUGAUCAAAAAACAGCACCAAGUACACCAACAUCAUUUAAUAAACCUUGUCGAUAUGGAAGCAAUUGUACCAGACAUAAUUGUAGAUUUAUGCAUCCUGGACAAGUGCCUGCAGUUUCAGAAACAAAUAAUUCCAUGAGCUUGUCUCAGUUAUAUUAUACGCACUCAUGGCUGCCAUUGAGUAUCAAGGCUGAACUUGAGCCAGAUGGAGAAUUAAAACUAUCUAAAUGCGAUGAAGAAGUAGAUAAUAAAUCUUCCAAUAUAUAUGAUUUGCAUGCUGUUGUAUGCUAUAUACAUGAUGAUCGUAAAAAUCUUGUAUCCAUAGUAAAUGUGGGCAAAGCUGAUCAUGAACACAUAUCAGCGAGUAACCCAUCUUCUCAGUGGUAUAUAUUUAAUGACGUUAGCGUAUCGCCAGUCAUAGGACAAGAAGCCGUUUGGUUUAGUUUGGAUUGGAAAAUUCCUUGUAUAUUAUACUGGGUGUCAAGAAAUAAUGAAAUUGCUAUUGAUGUUGAAAGUGAUGCUAGUGAUCCAGUUAUAACAGCUAAAGUGUUCACCGAAAGUGUUUAUUUGAAUUCUUCAUCAAAUAGUAAUGAUGUUAUUUUAGAUGAAGAAAUUCCUAAACCUGGUGAACUAGUAGCUAUUGAUGCAGAAUUUGUUACUCUUAAUCAAGAAGAAUCUGAAUUAAGAAGUGAUGGCCGAUUAGCCACAAUAAAACCUGUGCAAAUGGCUGUGGCAAGAAUAUCAUGUAUUAGAGGUGAAGGUCCAAAUGAAGGCAAACCUUUUAUUGAUGAUUAUAUUUCAACCCAAGAGCAAGUUGUUGAUUACCUUACAAAAUUCUCUGGUAUCAAUCCUGGUGAUUUAGACAUUAGUAAAAGUUCUAAAAAUCUUACCACUCUUAAAUCCACAUAUAUGAAAUUGCGAUAUUUGGUCGAUAAUGGGAUAAAGUUUAUUGGUCAUGGUCUAUACAAUGAUUUCAGAAUGAUCAACUUGAUGGUACCACCCGAACAAGUAAUUGAUACUGUAGCUUUAUUUCGACUUCCACAUCAACGGAAUGUAUCGUUACGGUUUUUGGCUUGGCACUUUUUAGGAAAUAAAAUUCAAUCUCUUACUCAUGACUCUGUAGAGGAUGCACGGGCUGCAUUACAGUUAUAUCAAUGUUACAAAAAACUUGAAGCAGAUGGAACAUUGCAAGCAAGACUAGAAGAACUUUACAAAUGUGGAAAAGAAAUGCUCUGGGUAGUGCCUGGUGAAUAGAACAAGUGUGUGAUAUUUCAAUUAUAUUAUAUUUUUUUG